ACCACCCAGGUUUAUGAAAUUUACCCAUUAUUGCAUUGUAUAGAGGACGCGAAGGAAAAGUCUAUUAUUCUCCACGGAAGUGAAUAUAUUAACUAAUGGCAUUCAUAUAUUACUUGAUCUUGGGUUUCGAUAUCAUUCAUUGAUGAUGAUGAUGAUGAUGAUGAUGAUGAUAAUAAUAAUAAUAUGCAUUGAUCCAUCUCUUUGCAUAACAAAAAUCAUCAUUGCAAGUAAAGGAGAACAUUUCUCACUUUUUUUGGUCUCUUCUUCCGUUUCCUGCAGUUGAAACUUCUUUCAACUCUGUCGACCAUUUCUUCGGUCGAAGUGCACUUGGCAUGGGGGCGGCAAUGUCAAGGCUUGCUAAACAGUUUCUUGGAAAGCGCGAUGUCAAAAUUCUGAUGCUGGGUCUCGAUGCUUCGGGAAAGACAACCAUUUUGUACAAGUUGAAGCUGGGGGAUGUCCUUACAACCGUACCCACAAUUGGUUUUAAUGUCGAAGCACUAGCAUACAGAAACAUCAGCUUCACCGUGUGGGAUGUAGGAGGGCAAGCCAAGAUUCGGUCUUUGUGGCGACAUUACUUCAGAAAUACCCAGGGGAUCAUUUUUGUGGUCGACAGCAAUGACAGAGGAAGAAUCUCAGAAGCCCGAAGGGAGCUGCAUCAGAUUCUGAGUGAGGAUGAACUAAAGGAUGCUUGCUUGCUUGUUUUUGCCAACAAGCAAGACCUUCCGCAUGCCAUGUUUGCUUCCGAGGUUGCUGACAAACUCGGCCUGCAUUUACUUCGCCGGCAUCGAUGGUACAUCCAGGGAAUUUCUGCAACCUCCGGCCGAGGUCUUUACGAGGGUCUCGAUUGGUUAUCCAGCAACAUUCCCAGCAAGACAGCAAUGAGCAGCCUGACUAAAGAAGUUGGAUCUAGUCUCACCAGCUGACUGAUAUUUUUAGCCCAUUCGUCGUGAAGAGAAAUUGUAUCUUCUUGGUGAUUAGUCGUCCCGUUCCAUCUCCAACUCUACUUAAGGUGGUGGUAGUUCACGGCAUAGGUGCAUUAGGAUGCCCGGGAGGUCUCAAGUUUGAAUCUGGAGCAGCCUUGCUUUGCCAUUUGAGACUUGUCUAGCCGUUUGCUAUGAGAUUAUCUUAGGUGGCUUAACUUAUGAAGAAUAUAAAUCUCCCAACAUUGUGCAUUUUGUUUUGCAUAAUUUAUGGUAGCUCUAACUAAAAGAGGAUCCACAAUGAUUAAACUACUUGUGUGUUAAAAUUUUUUGCAUGUACCUAUCAACCCAAAUCAAAUGAAGAUUAUGAUAUAAGAAACUAAUACAUGAUCUCUAUUUGUAUGAAAUCACCCAUUUAGAAAGAUAUAAUGACAAAGAUAAAUUUUAUGUUUUUAUGACAUAAAGGUAAAGAAAUGGAGCGACUGUU